AUGAGAGAGUGUAACCUGAAGAGCGGAAGUAGAGGCACCAAAGAUAAAAUCAGCAGGGAAAUCUUCCUUUUUCAAAUCGUCUUUGGGCGGCGUGUAAAUCGCAGGUUGGAGGCCAUCAACGAUGGAAAUAACCGGGUUCACAACAGUGUUCACUCCAUCCUUAACAAUAUUAGGAAUAAGUUUGCACCAAAGAUAAAAUCAGCAGGGAAAUCUUCCUUUUUUGGUGCUACAAACAUAUCAUGCAAACUUAUUCCUAAUAUUGUUAAGGAUGGAGUGAACACUGUUGUGAACCCGGUUAUUUCCAUCGUUGAUGGCCUCCAACCUGCGAUUUACACGCCGCCCAAAGACGAUUUGAAAAAGGAAGAUUUCCCUGCUGAUUUUAUCUUUGGUGCCUCUACUUCCGCUCUUCAGACUGAAGGAAGAGGGGAUGAAGGUGGUAGAGGAAAAAGUACCUGGGACUUCAUGAUUGAAGCCGAAAAGGGUCGUAAAGCAGUUGACUCCUACAACCUUUAUAAGGAAGAUGUUAGAAUUUUGAAGGAAACAGGGCUAAACAGGGCUAAUAUAUAUAUUUUAUUUUUAUUUUUUUUGUUUGUAGAAAUCUCAAAAAGGGAAAAUCGGAAUUUCGCUCCCGAGUAAGUGGUUUAUGCCACAUUCAACUGGUGAUCCUAAAGACUUUGCUGCUUCAAAAAUGCUGUUGGAUUUCUCCUUAGGAUGGUAACCAAUUACCCUUUGUGUAUUUUUGUUUUUUUUUUUUAUUUUAAAAGAGAAUAAUCUUAUGCAAAUGACCUCUAUCUACAUUAAAGAUUUGCACUUUGCACUUGUGUAGUAUAAUAAUCUAACUCGAUUAUUUAAAAGAGAGUAUAGUUUUUAAAUAAUUAAUUAGUGUGUGACCCGGGCUUUACAAUGAAUGAUACUUUAAAUACUCUCAUUUUUAUAUUAACGUGGACAGUGCCUAUUGUUUCGGGGUUUUCUGAUGUCCUGCGGGAGAGUUACAAUUUCGAGACUGGAACCGGACGCCUGU